AUGGACCGGAAAAUCCGGGCCGGAUAUUUUUUUCCAACGUGCACACUGAAGCUUCGCUUUUACUCCGAUUUGGAAUUUUACGUUCGACUCUUUGCCGGCAAGAAUCAAGAAGGAAAGUCAUCGAAUACUCUUAAAAGGAAGGCUUCUUCUGUUCCCGGUAAUUUCCCUCAAUCACGGACUGAUAUUUCUGACACAAAUGGAGAUAUCGGUGAACCAAUGGAUGUACGCAGGAGGCGAUACUCUUCCUUCUCGAGUCGGAGAACAUUCUUUGAAGCCAAGCGGAGGGUCGAGUGCGGGGGAAUCUCAUUCUCCAAUGGGGAAUACUGCCAUGCCGUCCAAGGUAAUUACUUCUUCAGUGGCCCUUCCCUUCCUGACGCGAUUGAACGUUACAAAAACAGCUCCGCAGGCACUUCUAAGACUGAAGGUAUUGACAUGCCCUGGGAACACAAACAUGCACACGAAAACUGUCACGGGGUCGAGUGGGAGGACGUUUGCUGCUCGCCUCAACGGCUGGCCCCCCGGGAAGCCCCACUUUGGCGACGGGCCAGAAAUGGAGCCAAUGGUAUGUUAUAUGACACGCCUUUCAUCUCAGUGACGACGUGUAGUAUCAAAUCCUUCAUCGAAAACGUCUGCUUGCCAUCCGAGCUUGGAAAGCUUGACAAAUAUACAAGCAUUAUUGCUCAUCUGAGGGAUCCAUCAAGUGAAAAUCUGUCGGUAGAGAUCUCUUUUACCGUUUUCAUCUCUAACAUUCGUACCCAGGAAUGCGCGAACUCUAAGACCGCCGUCUUGCCCGAUAUCGACGAGAUGGAGUACACCGCCAGUGCCUUAACUCCACUGAUAUUCUUAGGAAGAAACGCGGGCAUGCUGCUCCGUCAUUUUCCUACUGCCCAUGAAGAGAAGUACCGCCUGCGGUGGUGCCAGACGUAUCCAUGGACCGGAACAGUGUGGGGAAACACUCAUACCAUUAUCAACUCGAACUUCCUCUGGAUGAAGGUCAAGUUGCCACGUACGGACGUCCAGCUUUUAGUUACAUAUAAAGCUAUGAAGCGAUUCAUUCUUUCGCGAGAUUCCGCUGAAGGAUCUCAAAGACGGCGUGAAGCCCAGAAGAGGCUAUACGGACGGGGUAUUAAUGCCAAUUGCGUAUUCUACGUUAUGCCGAUGGACCAGGUCGAAUUGAGGUGCAUGGGGGUGGGAUUUGGCUACGAUGAAGUCAUCUUUGCACACAGAGGCAAACGCGAACUCGUACGCAGGUCAGGUGGGACUCGGGCUUCGCUAGCGCAGGCCGACGCUGAGAUGAGGGAAUUCACCAAAGGUACAAUAGCCGAGCUUAUUUGGAUGGAGAAACAGAGGUUCAAUGGAUAG